CUCCACUCUUUAUUUUCUACCGGCUCGUUUCUGUUUCUGUUUCUGUUUCUGAUCUUUGUGUUACAUGGAUAUGGACGAUUAGGUUCAUGUCCCAUGUCCUAAGCCCCAUUUCAAUUUUAGAUACUGCUGCUAACGUAUUGGAUUUUUCUUUUCUCCUUAGUGAAAAGCAAAGCGAAGAUGCCUCUGAUUGGAAAAAAAGCUAUAUUUUCUCUAGUGGCAAACACCAUCUCAGUAAACUAUGGCCCUAAUGGUCCCUUCUUGCCUCCAAAAGCAACCCAAUAAUAUUCUCAGAUAUCAGCUAAUCCCCCAUCCUUUAAUACAAUCUUUCUCUAGUCCCCAUGCACCUCUCAUCCAACUAAAUCACAGACCUGAGAGUUGAUACCCCCCAUUGCUAAACACUGACACAUUUUUUCUUUUUUGUUCUGGGCUGGUGUCCAUUGUUGUCUUCCUUCCCUCUCUGCUGCGAGUUCCAAUGGAGAUAUCCCAUUUCUUGUACUUGUGGGUUUUGUUUGCUUUGAUGUUUAGUUCAGUGGUUUUGGCCACUGAUCCUUACUCGGAGGCUCUUUUGAGCUUAAAAUCUGAGAUUACUGAUGAUAGUAAUAGUUUAUCUGACUGGUUACUGCCUUCUGAAGGGAACCCAUCAGACAAAAUUCAUGCAUGUUCUUGGUCUGGUGUCAAGUGCAAUGAGAACUCCACAGUUGUUAUUUCUCUUGACCUUUCUUCCAAGAAUCUUGGUGGUGCAUUGCCUGGGAAGCAUUUUGUUGUCUUCACUGAGAUUGUUGAUCUCAAUAUUAGUGAUAACUCAUUCUCUGGGAAUCUUCCUGUGGAAAUCUUUAAUCUCACCAAUCUAAGAAGCUUAGAUUUGAGCAGAAACAAUUUUUCUGGAAAGUUUCCUGGUGGAAUCUCCAGCCUUCAUAACCUUGCUGUGCUUGAUGCUUUUAGUAACAGCUUUUCAGGGCCAUUGCCAGUAGAAGUUUCCCAGAUUGAAAAGCUAAAGAUUCUCAAUUUAGCUGGAAGUUAUUUUGAUGGACCAAUUCCACCAGAGUAUGGUUCUUUCAAAAGCCUUGAGUUUAUUCAUUUGGCAGGAAAUUUCCUCAGUGGUAAGAUUCCAGCAGAAAUAGGCAGACUCCAGACAGUGAUCCACAUGGAAAUUGGCUACAAUUCUUACCAAGGAAGUAUCCCCUGGCAAUUGGGCAACAUGAGUGAGCUUCAAUAUCUUGAUAUAGCUGAUGCAAAUCUCUAUGGCUCGAUACCAAAACAACUCUCAAACCUCACCAAGCUCCAGUCACUGUUCCUUUUCAAGAACCACCUCACCGGAUUGGUGCCAUGGGAGUUUAGCAAAAUUGCGCCGCUUAGUAGCUUAGAUCUUUCUGAUAAUCAACUUUCUGGGCCAAUACCAGAGAGCUUUGGGGAGCUGAAGAAUCUUAGGCUGCUAAGUUUAAUGUAUAAUAAAAUGAAUGGCACUGUGCCUCAAGCCAUAGCCAAGCUUCCAUCGCUGGAUACUCUCCUGAUAUGGAAUAAUUUUUUCUCUGGCUCUCUUCCACAGGACUUGGGCAGGAACUCAAAACUCGGAUGGGUAGAUGUUUCCACCAACAAUUUGGUGGGCAGCAUUCCACCAGAUAUUUGUGCAGGAGGUGUACUUUUCAAGUUGAUUCUGUUUUCGAAUAAUUUUACAGGCAGUCUUUCACCUUCCAUUUCCAAUUGUUCUUCGCUUGUGCGUCUUCGAAUUGAAGACAAUUCCUUCUCAGGUGAGAUCCCAUUGAAAUUUAGCCAUCUUCCUGAUAUUACAUAUGUGGACCUCUCGAGGAACAAGUUUACAGGCGGUAUUCCCACAGAUAUCUUCAAAGCUUCAGAGCUUCAAUACUUCAACAUCUCUAAUAAUCCAGGUCUUGGAGGUAUCAUCCCAGAAAAAACAUGGUCCUUGCCACUUCUCCAGAAUUUCUCAGCAUCAGCUUGUAAUCUCUCAGGCAAUGUUCCUCCUUUGCAGUCUUGCAAAUCUGUUAUUGUUGUCGAGUUGCAGAAGAACAGCCUCGCAGGGAAUAUCCCAGUUAGUAUCUCUCAGUGUGAGGCUCUUAGGAAGAUGGAUUUAGCUAAUAAUAAGUUUACAGGCAAAAUUCCUGAAGAGCUUGCGAGUCUUCCAGAUUUAAGUUUCAUAGACUUAUCACACAAUAACUUAAGUGGUCAAAUCCCAGAAAAGUUUGGUGAUUCUUCAAGCCUAGUAGUUUUCAAUGUGUCAUAUAACGAUAUCUCCGGAUCCAUUCCCUCAAACGAUGUGUUUAGAUUGAUGGGUACCACUGCAUUUGCUGGAAAUCAAAAGCUUUGUGGAGCACCCUUGCGUCCAUGUCAUGCUUCAAUGGCAAUACUUGGCAGCAAAGGCAAAAGGAAGCUUACAUGGAUUCUUCUACUGUGUGCAGGCGUGGUUAUGUUCAUUGUAGCAUCAGCUUGGGGGAUAUUCUACAUUACAAGAGGAAGUAAAGGCCGAUGGAAAAUGGUUUCUUUCAGUGGGCUCCCUCAAUUCACAGCAAACGAUAUUUUGAGAAGCUUUAGUUCCACAGAGUCAAUGGAAGCUGAGCCUCCUCUAUCAGCUUCUGUUUGCAAAGCAGUUCUGCCCACAGGAAUCACAGUUUCAGUGAAAAAGAUUGAAUUUGAAUCAAAGAGAAUGAAGGUUGUGACAGAAUUUGUAAGUAGAAUGGGAGAUGCAAGGCACAAAAAUUUGAAUAGAUUACUGGGAUUUUGCUACAACAAACAACUUGCUUACCUCUUGUUUGACAAUUUGCCUAAUGGAAAUUUAGCUGAGAAAAUUAAUCUGAAAAGGGAUUGGGCAGCCAAAUACAAACUUGUGAUUGGCAUUGCAAGAGGACUUUGCUUCCUUCACCAUGACUGUUAUCCAGCAAUGCCCCAUGGAGAUUUAAGGUUGUCUAACAUACUUUUGGACGAAAAUAUGGAACCCCAUUUGGCUGAAUUUGGGAUUAAGAGCCUUGCGGAAAUGACUAACGCCUCAUCUCCAGCAUCAGAAACAGGUGAAUUCACUACCACCUUGAAAGAGGAGCUUUACAUGGAUACAUACAAAUUUGGAGAGAUUAUAAUGGAAAUUCUGACUAGUGGUAGACUGAUGAAUGCUGGAGUAAGCAUACAGAGCAAGCCUAAGGAGAUGCUGUUAAGAGAAAUAUAUGAUGAGAGUGAAGCUGGUUCUUCUGAGUCAACAAGAGAAGAGAUAAAAAUGGCUAUUGAAGUUGCUUUGCUCUGUACAAGAAGCAGACCGGCUGAUCGGCCAUCCAUGGAAGAUGCACUAAAGCUUCUAUCAGGAUUCAGGUCACAGAGAAAAUAACCACAGCUGAUGAAGCCAUAUGAUAAUACUGUCAAUUUUCAAAAUUAUGAGGUUAAUGAAUAUUAUAGAUAUAUAACAAGUAGCUAGCUGAUAUGAUCAGUGUUUGAUUCUGUUUGAUAUAGAUCAUAUUCUGUUUGUUUAGUGAGUAUGAGAAUGAUUUUCUGUAAUAUAGUGGCCCUGUAAGUUUGUUUAUUUUUUAAGAUUUUAUCAUAUACAGAAUCAAUUAAUUACUGUAUUUCUCAAAUCAGUCUUUUCAGCAAUAAAAUAAUUUAAAAUA